CAGCACAAUCUUUUCCUGGCGGCGGCAAAUUGCGGAGAUAACGCCGCCCCGACAAACUUCCCGCAGACAACCUUCUACAUCCAGAACGACUGUGUCCCUUGCCAUGUAGGAAGCAACCUUCGGAAUGGCCUCUCCCAACCACCCUGACCCGCUGCCACCACCUGUAUCAGAGCCAUUCUGUGGUCCCAAGCCGACACAUUCACAGGACAAUACCCCUGGGACGGCGGAUGAAGAUGGUGGACAGCUUCAACAAAACAUUCACCCCUUUGAUUUCCGCCAGUCGCCUUUCCGUCCGUUCUUCACGGUCAUACAAGACGCUCACUCAUCGGAAUACCACCACCCCACCGUGCACUACAUAUUCUCGGACGACGAUACAGACUUGAUAACGGAAGCUGCCCUGCGUGCUCUGGAAGCUGGCCAGGGGACUAACGCUUUACGGGGUUCAAGCAAUGCGCAUCUGAGAGAAGUAGAUGAAGAUGAGCAAUCAGGGGCACAUACCAAAACUUCCUCGCUGCCUCCCCCAGUGCCUGGUGUACAAGAACACUACAUAGUCGUCGACAUACAUCCGUCUCAUAUCGACGCUGCUCGGAAUCAUCUUGCGGAAUCCUCAAAUAUCAAUACAAGAGAUCCAUCCAACUCUACGGAGGGCCUAGGACCCACCUCUGCAGCCUCCCCACCUACCAACGAGACCUUACAACCCCCGUACCCCUUUACCAUAUCCUCCGCCCACAGUCUAAGUCCGUCCUGGCAAAUCCUCAAUAGCCGUCUUUGCACAGCGCGCACUUUCGAUUCGUCCACAAACAGCCCUACGGCCGCCUCGGCCUCAGCAAACAACCGCCCCUCGUCCCCGGUUGGCGGCCUGAUGCUUGAGAUAGAAGGCACUUCUGGUGUCGGUUUUACCUCGUCUCUUCACCGCUCCCAGGACCACCAGCAUCGCUUGGAAGAGAUGAUGGAACAGUUUGAGAAGCGGAUGGAAGAGUUGCGGCAGAUUAUUGCAGCGGGAGAAGUCUAUCUCGACGGCACGGGUCGGUAUGAGGAGUCGGGCGGGAUAGAAGCUGGGACCGGGCUGGAGGAGGGGGUUUGAGGAGUGAUAUGGAGCCAACUGUUUAUAUUCCGCGGUGGAGCGACCCUGGAGGGGUUCAUGGGCAGCGAAGCAAGUCAUUUUCAGGCUUGGACGAGUCCCCAUAUAGUUUUCGAUUAUGUUACUAUCACGACGUCUCUUUUAUUUUGCACUGAUUUAUAGCGUGGCCAAUAGGUGGUUUUAUUUACUUAUCCUAACUUAGACUACAGGAGGCGUUUGAUAUGGGAAGAUUUCUGGUUAAUUGAAUGUUGUUUUAAUUUCGAUAUGCUUCUCCUCCCUGUUGUUUGACCUGCAUUGGAGAUGUAAAUAUUUAGAACCACGGUUUAGAUUGGAUAAAUAUAAUGCACUUCAUUUCAAUCCUCCGCAGAGCUCAUUAUAAAUCUGGGGGACGUCAUCCGAUAAUAUCUAGGAGUCAAUUAUUAUAGUAGUUAUUGAAGGAAUUCACGAAUGCAACCGACGCGGGAAUACUAGAUAAAAUUUACUUGAGAAGUGAGGACAACAUGACAAUUCUCUGCAUAAUCGUCUCGCCAAUGAUACCCAAUGACGCCUACUGACUCCCGUGACAGAUUGUAAAGCAGAAAAGCAACAAAGAAUCCCCGAGAAUCUAAGUACUACACAGAGGUUAAAACCAAAUGAAAGGGGACAGAAAGAAUGAAAGGUAAAA